AGCCAUGGGGGUGUUGAUGUCCAAGCGGCAGACAGUGGAGCAGGUGCAGAAGGUGAGCCUGGCUGUGUCUGCCUUCAAGGAUGGGCUGCGGGACAGGCCUUCCAUCCGACGCACAGGUGAUCUCCCAGGGUCCCGCCGUGGCACUGUAGAGGGCUCUGUCCAGGAGUUACAGGAGGAGAAAGAAGCAGAGGCAAGCACCCCAAUGCUCCAAGAAGAGAGCAGUGUCAACCGUGCAGCCUGGGAGAGGCUCCGAGAUGGGCGUGGAGUGGAGCCUGAGGAGUUUGACAGGACCAAUCAUUUCACACCCCCUGCCUUCAUCCGCCCCACCCGGAAGCUGGAUGAUGACAAGCCUCCAGAUAUCUGCUUGGAGCCCAGAGAGCCUGUUGUCAACGAUGAGAUGUGUGAUGUCUGUGAGGUCUGGACAGCCGAGAGCCUCUUCCCAUGCAGGGUCUGCACCAGGGUUUUCCAUGAUGGCUGCCUGCGCCGCAUGGGCUACAUCCAAGAAGACAGUGCAGCAGAGAUGACCGAGAUGGCCCACACGGAAACAGGCUGGAGCUGCCACUACUGUGACAACCUCAACUUGCUGCUAACUGAGGAGGAAAUGUACAGCCUCACAGAGACCUUUCAGCAGUGUAAAGUCAUCCCUGAUUGCUCCCUGACUCUGGAGGACUUCCUACGCUAUCGCCACCAAGCAGCAAAGCAGGGGGACAGUGACAGGGCUCUAAGUGAGGAGCAAGAGAAGCAGGCAGCCCGCCAGUUUGCAGCUCUGGACCCUGAACAUCGAGGACACAUAGAGUGGCCUGACUUCUUGUCCCAUGAGUCCCUCCUACUUCUGCAGCAAUUGCGUCCCCAGAAUUCUCUGUUAAGGCUUCUGACAGUCAAGGAGCGAGAGCGAGCCCGAGCCACCUUCCUGGCAUGCGGCAGCAGGGGCACGAUCAGUGAGGCAGAGUGCCGCCGCGCCCAGCACUCUUGGUUCUGCAAACGCCUCGCAGGGGCUCCUUCCUGCAGUGUCAGCAUGAGCCAUGUGGGUCGCAUAGCAGACAGCAGCCCAGCCAGGAGCAGCAGCAAGAGCCAGGACAAGGCCCUGCUGCCCGCAGAGCAUGAGUCCAGAUUUGUGGACUGGCCUACCUUCCUGCAGGAGAAUGUCAUCUACAUCUUGGCUGCUCGCCCCAACAGCACAGCCAUUCAUCUGAAACCCCCAGGAUAGCAUGGAGCAAGAAGCUCAGUUGGGGGACAGUGGCGUUCUCUCUCUCCUUUCCUUUCUCCCUUUCCCUGACCACCCUUUGGUACUGAAACUUCAGGGGAUGGGGCAUUGCCCGCAUCUCAGUUUGUCACUAAGCUUUAUGGCACUGAAAUCACCAUUCCACUCACAACAGAGGCAGUAAAUGCAUUGCCCAGGGAGAAGCCCUGGGAGCUGUGGCAGCAUCCACUCCUGGACCACCCCCUGCCCUCACAUCAUAGACUGGACCUGCCACUGCACACAUACACAUGCCUAGCUGUCCAUACCUUCAGCAACCUGGUUCUUUUUGGUUGAAAAAGGACCAGAGUUCCUUUGUGAAGCCUCUGGUAUAAGAUGAGGGGUCUCUACUUACUCCUCCUACUGGCCAGUUCUGAUUUCUAAUAGGUAAGUCUCUGGCCGAGUGAUUCUUAAUAAGGGGGCAUAUCAGACUCACAUGUUCUCCUCUAUUGAAAACCCCUCCUGUGGUGAGCCGCUGUUCUGGUGGGUGUGUGCUGUGUCCCUCAGCUGUGUUUGGGUGGGAAAAUAGUUGAAAACCACCACUGCACUUCAGCCAAUUAC